UGUCAGUGUAAACCAAAAUGGCGAGCGAGACAAAGGGUCGUGACAGCUCUCGGCGCGUUUCGCUCGUGUUCUCGGAUUUCUGAACGGGACGCGCGCGACUAUGUGAUUCACGUGACUGAUCCAGCUACGAACGGUGAGUUGUGAACGAUGAUUUACUUGUGGCGAGUAUCGGCACGCGGUUAUUUCGGACAUCUUCGUACGGACUGGGCACCCUUCUGUUCUCGGUGGACAGUAGCGGUGUGACAUUGACGUUAACCGUUUAAUCAAGGUGUUCCUGCGAUUCGUCGUACACCUGACCCGUUUACCGUCUAACGUCGAAUGUCCACUACUCCUCUUAACGCAGACAACGGGGGAAUAUCGCUGUUUUGGGUACACGCAGAUGACGCGAUGACGCUGCAUUGGUGGAUGCACUGGUUCUGGGUUACCGCUCAAUUUCUCGGGAACCCAGUGCCUUCUAGCACGGCGAAGCCCCGCAGCCAGGUGCAGGAUCGCCUGAGCACAGAACCAACGUCCGAGCUAACUUCCGUAGACGCCGAGACCGCGGAACCGCGACAGAGCUUCCGCGUAGCGAAGGCCAUCGGUCUUCAUCCCCCCACGAACGCAGCCGUGAUCUUCGACAGGCAAUCGCCGACCACGAUCGCGACACCCAUGGCAAUCCGAGGCAACGUCGCCGAGACGAGCGCCAGCUCCGUCCCAGAAGAAUAUCGCAAGAACGCCAGCGACACGGCAGACGCUGACACGAUUUUCAGAACCCUGACAGACCAACGAACGACGGAGACUUUGGACAGGGUACGAAAUCCGCCCGCCAAGAAGGACACCAAGAUCACCUGGAUCCUAACGAACAAGACGGGCAGAUCGAAAUACGAGCAGGAGACGAAGGUAGACGAGAACGGGAACCGAAACACCAGCGUGGACCAAGUCGAGGAUCUCACGGUGCUGCCUCUUCAGGAAGAGGUGUCUAGAAUCAGGCUGGUACUGAACAAGACGAAAUCCUCGACGUUUCUGUCCUCGUCCUCUUCUCUAGCUUCGUCCUCCGCCAGUUCCGGCAUCAGGACGUUCAAUCGGUCCGACGACGACGUCGAGAUCGACGAGGAGUUCGUCGAGCCGCAGAUGUUCGCCACUGCUGCCUCAGUUAUCGAAGUCGGAGUAAGCGAGUCGACGCGUCUGAGCAGAGCAAGGAGCGCGUUUCCCAAAGAUUUCCAGAGGGAUCAGAUCCAGGAGGAUCAUCUCUCCGACUACAACGACAGCAGCAGCGAGAACUCGAGUCAGGAUAGUUCGUCGAGAUCCACCGUGGACAUCGCAGCUAUUACCGGAAGCUGUCUGCUAACCGUUGUUUUGCUUAGCACAAUGGGCAGCCUUGGGUUCAUUAUGUACAGACGCAGAUACCUGAAUCCGCCGCAGACGCUCAACAGCGACAAAUGCAGCAAUCCCGAUAGUUCAGGCUAUAUCGAUGAUUCUACUAUUCGUGAUAACUCCGAGGAGAUGUACAGUUUGGAUAACGAUUCGUUCCUAAAUUCGUUAGAGGCGAUGACAAUACAGAAUUACUGGACAGACAGCGUCAAGCACACGAAGCUAUGACAAAAGCAGAUAAUCCAGUCCGGAAAGAGAAUCGAAACGUUCAGUAUUUCCGAUGGUGAAGCGCACGAACAAAUUUCAUUGUUGGAGCAGUAGUACUUACUCGAUGCCUGCUAGGCGAUUGUUUUUUUUUGUUUUUUUGUUUGUUUUUUUUUUUUGUAGUGCGUGAUCAACGGCAACCAGAGCUGGGCAGAAUUUUAUUCGUGGCGUUUACUUGAUCGAAGUAUUCGAUAUUUAUUUAUUCGGUGUAAAGUAUUUUACUGUGUAAUUAAAAUUCUGAUUUUCAUUUAACGAAUAGUGAAUGGAAACAGUUGUUCAUCUUUUAUUCAUUAUUCGACGUUUAUAUCUGGAUAAGAAUUUUGCCCAUCUUUGACGGCAACCCGCGGGACAAGCGAACAAACCGUUAUAUCAGUUCCAAUAGAUUUUAUAGAUUAACUCUGUCGGUCAUGCAGUUUUGCGAAGAACACUGACGGUACAUCAAAAUUACAGGACGCGCACGCAUUCCUAUAUUCGUGUUGCAUAUCGUAGGCGCACACAGAUCGUGCGAUAUGUAAUGCGGAAUAUCCACGUAUAUGCCUGAAUUUUGAUUUCGUCACUAGCACCGUUCUCCUAUAUUUUUCUACCGUGAAUGCGAUUUGACAGAAGUGAACGUUUAGCGAAGAAAGCGACGAUAAAGCUGUUUUCGUUCGGACUGCGGUAAAUCGGUUGGUGCAAUAAAAUAUAUGUAUAUGUACUUUAUCGAUGCGAUGAUUAACGAUAAACUUUUAGAACAGUAAGUACAAAUAAAACCAUUAAUUUUUAGCUAAGUAUAAUUAGGGAGAAGAAACGUAAUUUAAUAAAAACGAUUUCCUACGAAUCGACAGAGAAUACUUCCGAAUAAUUAUAUACAUAUAUAUACAUAUUUCGUUACCACAAGUAUGUAUACGUACAUAUACAAAUAUAUAUAUAUAUACAUACAUACUUGUUCUAUGAACUUCAAUUUGUAAAUCCGUACUUACGUAUCUAUUUUUAAUUUCGAGAACAAGCUUGAACAUUUCCACGGAGUGUUCGAGCUUUAAUGAGUACACGGUUCUAAUAGGAUAAUAGAAACCAAACCAUUCGCUUGCACAUAUACACGAUCAGCUUGAAAUAUUUUCGAAACAGAAUCGGGCUAACGAAAGGAUCGGACCAAAUACGUACAUACAUACGUAGUUUCUAGCUUUUACGCCUUUAUAACAUAUCUAGCAAAAUACAAUAAACAUAAACAAAUAAUGGAGAUUCGAUUCAAGUUUUCCACUACAGUUCUAGCUUGUAUAUAUGUACAUGUACAUGCAGUGUACCUACAAUGAUUAUAGAUAUAUCAUAUAAGUGUGCAAACAUUUUUGCGUCGAUCCCGACAGUCACGCCCUCGGAAUACGAUUUACGUUUUAGUAGAAGUUAGCGCGUGUUUAUUCAAAUAUAUUUCUAUACGAACCUCGCACGAACGAGGAAGAGAGUUUAUUGUGAUAGAUUGUAGCGUUUAAUAAAUGUAAAAAUUAUCACUAAUUCGUCUUAUGGUAAUGGUUGUGAAUAAACCCACUCGUAUAUUAUUAA